AUGUCUCCUCUGUGUUAUAUCAUGUUACUGAAACAAGGAGGUGGUCUAGAUCUUGAAUGGUAUCGGGAGCUACCAGCAAUGGAGAGCACAUCGUCGUUGAAGUGGAAAGUGCAAAAGAUGGGAAGAAACAGAAAAGAUCUUCAGCUUGAAUGUGAUACACUGCUAGUCAGUAUUGGUCGACGACCGUACACAAAGGAUCUUGGACUAGAGUCAGUGAGCAUCAACCUCGACGAAAGAGGACGAGUGCCUGUGAAUGAGCGCUUCCAAACAAAGGUUCCAUCAAUUUACGCGAUUGGGGAUUGUAUUGCAGGACCAAUGCUUGCUCAUAAAGCUGAAGAUGAGGGUAUCCUAUGUGUUGAGGGAAUUUGUGGUGGACCAGUUCAUAUCGAUUACAAUUGCAUUCCAUCCGUCAUCUACACGCAUCCUGAAGUUGCUUGGGUAGGGAAGCCAGAAGAGCAGUUGAAACAAGAGGGUGUCGAAUAUAAAGUAGGAAAAUUCCCAUUCGUUGCUAACUCUCGUGCCAAAACCAACUUUGACACGGAAGGAUUCGUUAAAGUGCUUGCCGACAAGCAAACCGAUAGGAUGCUAGGUGUACACAUAAUUGGUCCAAAUGCUGGAGAAAUGAUAGCUGAGGGUACGUUAGCACUGGAGUAUGGCGCAUCUGCAGAAGACGUUGCACGAGUUUGUCAUCCACAUCCAGUAAGUACUUUUUGGCCAGCAGAAAGGUUUUUAGUCUUUAAUGUUUAG